AUGCCUCUGAUUACAACCGAAGGUGCUCCUCAUGCGGAUCCCAGAAGCGAUGCCUCUACGAGUCGAACCACGGCUUGUGUACUGCACGAUGAAGAUUAUUACUUUGACUUCGUCAUAUUCCAGGCGAGUGUUGGCGAUCGUUUGUUCAAAGUCCCCCGCCACAAAUUCGUGGAAGAAUCCGUCAUAUUCCGUUCAAUGUUUGAUCUCCCAUUGGGCGAGAAACGCGCGGACGGUCUCACUGACGAGCAGCCGCUGAGACUCGACGGGGUCGAGCAAGCGGACUUUCGUCACUUCCUCAAAUACCUCUAUCCUAGAGGUAUCGACAGGCCCAUUUCCUUAACGCUAGACGAAUGGCUAACCGUCUUGAAACUCUCUUCGUUAUGGGAGAUGGACCGCAUCCGGAAUGACGCCAUCACCAACCUCCCUGCCCUCCUCACGAAUCCCGCGCAGAAACUGGGCGUCGCUAUCGAUUACAACAUCGAGUUCUGGCUCGUCCCCGCCAUGCAAGAACUAGUGCAGCGCGAGGCGCCAUUGUCCGUCGCCGACCUCGAGCAUAUUGGCAUCGAGUGCGCACUGCGGCUCGCCACCAUCCGUGAGGCUUGUCUACCUCACAACUACCGACACAGCUAUACCUUUGGGAGGAGCGGCAUUGCCCCCGAGUCUAGGAGAGGCGCGGUGACAUAUGACUGCCAGGAGCGAAUCGAACAUGACUUCAAGGGUUUCAUAACGAUCCCACCCCUCAAGUACGACAAGGCGCUAACUGCUGUUGAGCUGGUAGAAGAAGCUCGUCCCCCUGCAGAAGUACCGGUUCAGCCAAAAGUCCUUUCGCGCCUGUCCAACCCCUUCGAUCUGGCCACUUUCGCGAGCAUGUUAUACACUGUCGACAACGACAGCCCCUCGUCCUCUCCCCCUUCAUCCAAACCAAUACGCAACGACACCUUCUACCUAGACUCUAUCACUUUCCAGGUCGAAGAUGAACUCUUCAAAAUCCCUGUUCGCUUCAUCUCCUCCUUCAAGACCGAGCCGUUCCAAACUCUCGCCACUCGUUCUUUACCUUCGGGCGACAAUUCCACUGAAGGCUUGAGCGACGAAGAUCCUAUCAUAUUACCGGAUACCUCCAAAGUCGACUUCCAGCGCUUGCUCCAAGUCAUCUGUCCUCUGGACUUUGAACCCGAACCCAUAAGAUCGCUUGACGUCUGGAGCUCGGUCUUGAAGCUCUCGACGCAAUGGGGGUUCUUCCGCGUUCGGACACUGGCAAUCAAGACGAUAAACACACUAGAUCUCAGCAACGGUGACCUCAUCCGGUUUGGGCGCGAGUACAAAGUAUCGGACUGGUUGGUCAAGGGAUACUUCGGCUUUGCAACGCAAGUCGAUCCGCUGAGCUUGACCGAUGUGAAGGAUGUUCUUCGGGGGUUGGAAAUUGACGAAGGGUUGGACCAAAUCGUGAAGUUGGCUGGUCUACGUGAGAAGGACCGAGGCGAGAAACCUUUGUCAUACAUCGACUUACCACCCCAACCCCCUUCUCCCAAGCCAAUGCUUGAUGAUCCUUUCUCGUCAAUCAAACGAAUGAAGGGCAAGGUAAAACAGCCAAUGCCGUCGCCAUCACGGUGUCCAACCCCCCCUCCACCUCUUUCUCCUGGUUUCGGUUUCGGAGUACCCAGAGCUAAGGGUAUAGGCGGACUAAAUAUGGAUUCGAUCCGUACCAUGUUCAAAUCCGAAGUCGACGAAGUGGUGAUGUUCGAGAAAUACCUGAGUACGGAAAUAUAG